AUGGCUUUAGAUGACCAGCUGGACAGCUCGCAAAAUAGCCCAAUUUUCUGCCUAGAUGAAAUACAGAGCAAUCUGUACAAGUUGCUGUCUCUUUUUUACAGCGGGAUAGGGAUAAUACAGAGAGACUCUCCGAUAGACGGGGAGAUUGAAGACGCAGAUGCGAUACUGAGGCUUGAAAACAACAUAAAAGAAAUUAUAGGGCAGUUUAUAACAACAAAAGACAAACUAGCAGCACAGAUAGAAGCACUAGAAGGUGCUGCUUCAGAGUUUGGCUCGCUAGACAGCCUUAUAGAAGAAACAAGAGCCCUGGACAAAGCUUUAGCAGACAAGGUAAAUAUUCUGGAGCUAGAGCUUCCUCUCUAUAAAGAGCAUCUAGACCAGCUGAUAAAAGAGGCGUGCGAAAUAUAA